AUGAGGGAGGCAUUGACAAAGAUAGUGUGCACCAUUGGGCCAAGUACAUCUUCGAGGCAGAAGAUCAGGGAGUUAAUUGAUGCUGGGAUGUCUGUUGCAAGGAUUAACUUCAGCCAUGGCUCAAGAGAAGCGCAUCUGGAGACUAUUAGAAGUAUUAAGGAUUCCAGGUGUGGUGUGGGCAGGUAUGUUGCAAUAGCAUUGGACACAAGGGGUCCUGAGGUGAGGAUUAGGACGCCGGAGGAAAAGGACAUCAAGGUGAAUGCUGGGGACAUCCUUCGCUUUUCGUCGUCAGGCAAGGGCAUCUUGAUACCGAAGAUUGACUUUAAGUCUCUGAGCAUGGAUGACAGGGUAUUUAUUGAUGAUGGUGCAAUAGACAUGAAGGUUACCAGUGUAGAAGAAAACGGGUUUGGAUGCAAGGUGAUGAGCAGUGGGGUGGUUAAAAGCAACAAGUCCAUGAAUUUUCCGAACAUAGAUAUAGGAAUUGAAUCUUUGAGUAAUGAAGAUAAGGAUGACAUUAUGUUUGGAGUGAGGAAUGGAAUAGACAUGAUCUUUGUGUCUUUUGUGAAUUCUCGUAGGGACGUUGAAGAGAUAAGAAGGGUUGUUGGAUCGGGGGUUCCCAUUGUAUCCAAGGUGGAGUCGUGCCUGGGAAUGAGGAAUCUUGGAGAGAUAGCCUUGUCCUCUGACGGGGUGAUGAUAGCGAGGGGGGACCUUGGAGUUGAGAUUGGCCUAGAAAACAUGUUCAGUGCUCAGAAGAAGAUUCUUCUAUCUGCGAAGAGGGAGGGUAAGCCUGUUAUCUGCGCGACACAGAUGAUGGAGAGCAUGAUCUUGAAGAGCACUCCAAACAGAUCGGAAAUCUCUGAUGUUGGAAAUGCAGUCAUCGAUGGAUGCGACUGUGUGAUGCUGAGUGGAGAGACAGCUGUGGGGGCGUUUCCCAUUGAAACUGUUAAGUUUAUGAGAAGCGUAUGCAUUGAUGCUGAGGAGUAUGGAUUAAGGAGUGAAAGGCUUUACGAAGGGUGUCCAUAUGUGGAUGGUGUUGUGAUAUGCUUUGGAGAGUCUUUUGAGAUAGAGCGGAUGUAUUUGAGGUCUCCUACGGUUCCCAUUGUUGUGAUUUCCAAUGACAAAUGGAUUCUCAGGAGAUUUAGUAUUUGCCGAGGGAUGAUUCCUGUAGAGGGAGAAGAGUCUGCUGAUGUAAACAUGAUCCUAGAAGGCAUGGGGAUGAAGGGAAGGUUCCUGGUUAUAUUCAAAGGAGAUGUAAGGAUAGUGAAUGUUUGA